ACGCGACAGCAGCGAAAAUAGAACAAGACAGGAAAAGCUCUGGGCCGAGGGCAAAUGGAGGAAACCAACCUGGCUAGCCCAGCGCAGCAUCAACCCCCGAAUACAACUGGCGAUGCAGAGAUAACGAAUACGUACUCUUCCUCCACUGGCUCACCUGCAGACGACUCCGAUAAUUCGCAACUGCUCAUCGGGGAAUCGCUGAUUCCUGAACGAGAGAGGAAGCAUGCCGGCACCACCGUCGUCACAAUUGAUGGUUUGCUAAAAGACCCGCUACGCCUCAAGGAAGACUUGAAAAACGGUUGUGGCGGGCAACUAUGGCCAGCGGGCUUGUUGCUGUCGAGAUACAUGCUGGAGGAACAUGCCACCGAUCUCGUUGGUAAGACUAUAGUGGAGAUAGGAGCAGGUGGUGGUCUGGUCGGCUUAGCUGUCGCACGAGGCUGCCAAACCGAUAAACCCAUAUAUAUCACCGACCAAGAACCAAUGAUGCAGUUAAUGCGGGACAAUAUCUCACUGAAUGACCUCUCGAUGAAAGUCAAACCCGCUCUACUAGACUGGGCCAGGCCGCCGCCGGCAGAGAUACCGGAACAUCCUGAACUUGUGCUCGCCGCAGACUGCGUGUACUUCGAGCCAGCCUUCCCUUUGCUGAUAUCUACGCUACAGAGACUGCUGGGGCCAGACACGAUAUGCUACUUCUGUUUUAAACGGAGGCGACGCGCUGAUCUUCGCUGUAUUAAGAUGAUCAAGAAAUUAUUCCACGUGACCGAGAUCACCAAGUUUUCCACCUGCGAUGGAUACAACAGGGAGAACCUCUUUUUAUACAAGAUUCAGUCACGACAACACAGGGAUUAGAACCUGAAUAAAGGAAUAGAGGCCUUAAAAAAAUAAAUAAAUAAAGCGUAAAGUGAAGACGCUGAAAAUUGUAUUAUAUCAUUCCAGAACACAACCUAUAGUUUUAAGCUAUCACUUUGAGUCGCCGCCGCAUUGCCAGAUUUUCGGCGCUCAUUGAGAGACUGCAAUUCGCCCCCUUGCCCAACCAUCUGCACACCACCCUUUUUGAGAUCAGAUAAAAUCUGUUGCCCUUCAUCCGUCUUCUUCUGUUUACCGGGUUGUUGCGAGGUAGCCUUGAAUUUCUUCUUUUCGUUGCGUCUCCUCCGAGAUUUCUCUUCGCGGCUCAUUUCAUCCUUGGCAACAGAUA